AUGCCCCGUGGAAGCGAGAUCCCGGAGGGCAUCAGGUCCACGGCCGUAGACCUGCACCAGGCUGGGAAGGGCUACAAGUUCAUCUCCAAGACUUUAAAAAUCCCCCCUUCCACGGUGAGGAGCAUUAUCGUCAAGUGGAAACGCUUCAACACCGUGGUCACGCUGCCACGCAGUGGGAGACCCACGAAGGCCAAUCCCAGGAGGAAGCGGAGAGGAACGCCGGACGAGGCCGACGCUGCCGGGCCUGCUAGUGAUAAAAGCGGAGAUCCUGACAAGCAGAAGGACAUCAGCAAAGUCCUCGCCGCCGCCGGCAAUGCAGAUUCCAACUCGUCUGACCCGGAGCGUUCAAAGGAAGACCGGGCGCCAUCCGGACCGGCGCUUCUGGGUGGAGAUAAAGAAAUGAGAGACUUCAACAGCAGUUAUGAGGAGGGGGACAACACGGGGCCGUCCGGCUCCGAUGAAGAACCGAUGUCCAGUUUCCUGUUUGCCAGACCAACAGGGGAAGCAGAGGACCACGAAAGGGCUGAUCAUCCAGAGCGAGCUGGUGACAGAGAAGAUCCAGAGGAGAAAGAUGCCAGCAUGGUUGAUGAAGACGCAGAACCGUCGGACACUGAUGAGGAAGAUCCGCUGGCCAGUUAUAUCUUUGCCAGAGAAGGACCGGGAGAAAAGGUACAGUGGGGGGGGGGGGGUCUUUAGUUCAUCUCAGGAAGUUAAAAUGAUCUGCUCUUUACAUGCUUCUAUGCUUAUUGAAAUCUCAGGUACACAAACCAACAACAGGUGCUUCACUGUGAGGCUCUAGUAGAGCCCUUUCAGAAUAAUGGUCGUAGUUUUCUGUCCAGUUUAUUCUGCAUCGCUGGUUGAUGUGCAGGACUCACUUUCCUUCAGUGCAUUGAGGUCAGCAGACAUUUUGUUUCUGCGCAGCUUUCUGAAGGUCUCGCCGCAGCAUUUACACCAAGGUGAAGUCUGGACUUUGACUAGACCGUUUCAACCUUGAUUCCCUUCUCAGCCAUUCUGUUGCAGAUUUGCUGCUGUAAACGUAAUCGUUGUUCUUUUGAUGGUCCAGUUAGAGCAGGGCUGUCAAACCUGGUUCUAUAU